UUUUUCAUGUAUUCUUGCAAGAAGAAUAUCGGGCCAGCAUUGCCGAGUUGACUUCAGUUCUUGCCUGCUGUCGUUCUGAGGCUUGUUUGCUUCACCAAAUCUUUGCAUUUUAUCUCACUGACCCCAUGCACAUUUUGUCCUGUCGUACACAUCUGCUGGCCUCUGCUGCAGCUAAACAAGAUCACCCAUAUCAGGAGCUGUUUGCAGACUUUUUAAGAGAGGCUCGUGACUGUGAGCAGUUGUUAGGCUCAAAUAUGGUUGAAGAACUUGCUUGUGUUCAUCAGGUGGUGAUGAAGUAUAGGGACUGUCAGGACAAAGCUUACGGAGGCGGCAUUUUUGGUGCCCAGGAAGACGAGGCCAACAAAAACAAAGCCUCUGCGUUAGAUUUUGUCCCUGGCAACCCUGAUCUGCCUGAUGAUGGAGAUUAUCAAUGGUUAGCAGCCCGCCUUGCACUUGCUAAGCACCUGCUGGCGUCGCUGCUGGUGUACUAUGCUCAGCCUCAUAUGAAGUGCGAGCCUAGUGUAGUGGUCAACCUCAUCACACUUGCACAGGGUGAAGGCGUGUGUGGGGGCGUAGUGGCCCCUGGGGGCUAGUCAUGUCAGGCCGCUGUGGCGACGCUCCUCAGGGACAUUGACGCUCUGCACUCCCUCCUGCUGGUGCUGGUUAUUGAUACUGACGAAGACGUCAGAUCGCAUAAGCUUUGUGAACCACAAUGGCGUGACAAG